UGCAGCACCAUAUAUAAAGCUAGAAAGCAAAUGACAAUUUUAAUUUGUCAUGUAGUCUUUAUAACACGUAAUUGAUUCCGUUGCAUGUCAUUUUGAGGUUAUACCUUGCGAGCCCAGUUGCUGAAACUUCCUCAAUUUUGACUAACCAAUCACCAUUUCUCACUCUCAAACUAAGGACCCAGAUCGACGAGAUACUUAUUCUCUCUGUUGUUUUUUAUAUUUCACUCGUAUCUCCACCAAAAGGAAUCACCACCCAGCAGGAGUCUUGCACAAAGAUCAGCUUCUGGGACGCAGAUUCUCUUUUGUUGACGCCUCUCUCCUCUCCUCUACAUUAAAAACAGGAAGCCAGAGGCAAUUCAGUUCCAAUUUGCAUACCUUCAAUAUCUACGAGAGAUAGAGAGGAAGAGAUCAUAUGGCUGAAGAGGUGGAAGAACGAACUCUCGAGACGACACCAACAUGGGCUGUGGCCACUGUUUGCUUCAUUUUGAUAUUGUUAUCAAUUACAAUUGAGCAUUUGCUGCAUCUUUUAGCCAAGUAUUUCAACAAGAGAAAGAGGAAAGCACUCAUACAGGCUCUAGACAAGAUCAGAUCAGAACUGAUGCUAUUAGGUUUCAUGUCAUUGUUGCUAACUGUGAGCGAAAAGCCUAUAGCAAAUAUCUGCAUCCCAAUGAGCGUUGGCGAAACUUUUCUUCCCUGUGGCAGCUUGUCUUCCAGUGAGAAUGAGGAAGAAACUAAAUGUGCAGAACAGGGAAAGCUCUCUCUAUUGUCAAGGUCAGGUGUGAGAGAACUCCAGUUCCUCAUCUUUGUGUUGGCUUCUUUUCAUUCUUUAUCAAGCAUACUCAUAUUUGGGUUAGGGAUGGCCAAGAUGAGGAAAUGGGAGUCUUGGGAAGCAGAAACAAGAACCCUUGAAUACCAAUUUUCAAAGGAUCCAAGGAGGUUCCUGCUCGCUCAUCAAACUUCAUUUGGCAAGAGACACCUGAGAUACUGGAGCGAACACCGCCUUAUUCGAUGGCCGACAUGCUUUCUCAGACAGUUCUAUGAAUCCGUCUCUAAAGUUGAUUAUCUCACUCUUAGACAUGGCUUCGUUAUGGCCCACUUUGAGCAAGGAACCAACUUUGAUUUCCAAAAUUACAUUGAAAGAGCUUUAGAAAAAGACUUUGGGGUGGUGGUGGGGAUAAGUUUCUGGAUUUGGGUAUUCUCUGUUUUUUACAUAUUCUUCAAUGCACAGAAAUUUCACAGUUAUUUAUGGCUUCCAUUCAUCCCUUUAGUGCUGUUGUUGUUGGUGGGCACAAAACUGCAAGGCAUUAUAACUGCAAUGUGCAUAGACAGCCAUGACAAAUCCCAUGUUGUUCGAGGAACUUUGCUAGUUAAGCCCAGCGACCACUUCUUCUGGUUCGGCCGCCCAAAAUUGCUCCUCCACCUUAUACACUUCAUAUUGUUUCAGAACUCCUUUCAGCUGGCAUUCUUCACCUGGACUUGGGUACUUAAUCAUUCACUUAUGGGUUUUUUCUUAAAGAGAAUUCUGAUACUGAUAUUGAUUCCAUUGCAUUUACAGUUCAAAUUUGGUCUGAGAUCAUGUUUCCACAGAGAAACAGAGGACAUUAUAAUAAGGCUUGUCAUGGGAGUUUUGGUGCAUUUCCUUUGUGGCUAUGUGACACUUCCUCUGUAUGCUCUGGUCACACAGAUGGGUUCGUCGAUGAGGAAAGCUGUUUUCCCCGAGGAUGUAGUGGUGGGGCUUAAAAGAUGGCGAGCCAGAGCCAAGAAAAACCUGAAAACGUCCAACUCAGUUGCUACUUCACUUGAUAAUUCCCUUCACACUUCACCUUCGUUCAGAGUCGAUACCUCGUAUUCUUUCGAGUUUAGUAGCCCCUCGGAUGUUGGUGAACAUGUUGCCAUUAAAGUGAUAAAUGGAGGAGGAGGAGGAGGAGAAGAAGAAGAAGAUGAAGAAGAUGAAGAAGGGAAGGAGAAACAAACUCAGGAUGAGCAUCAGAGAAAUGAUUCAUUUGCUGGGUUUGCUUCCAAUUUGACAUUAGUUUUAGAAAAACAGAGGAGUUGAUGAGUUUUAGUUCAUUUAUUUGUACAGAAACUAUUGAUAUAGGCAACGAUUUUAUCAUUCAUUCACCAGUCUAAUAGUGCAGCGCCAUUUUUUUUUCU